CCCACCUCACUCAGCGCGGCUCCUGCCGGGGCGAGCGAGCGCCGCGAUGCAGCUCCGGUGCCUGCUGGCCGCCCUCCUCUGCGCCGUGCGCCCCGCCACCGCCGGGUGGGCUCCCGAGCCGGAUCAGCUCUUCCGGACCCCCGCCGGCUGGAGCGAUGCGGGCCGCCUCGCCCCCUCCGAGACGCUCAGCCUGACGUUUGCCCUGCGGCAGCGGAACGUGCAGCGCCUGGCCAGGCUGGUGCAGCAGGUCUCCAGCCCGGACUCCGCGAAGUACGGACAGUUCCUGUCGCUGGCGGAUGUGCAGGCCCUGGUCGCCCCCUCCCCACUGACGCUGGGCACUGUGCAGAAAUGGCUGGACCGUCACGGCGUCUGGGACUGCAGGGCAGUGAGCACCAUGGACUUCUUGCAGUGCCAGCUGCCAGCUGGCACGGCAGAGCGACUGCUUCCGGGUGCCCAGUUCCAUCGCUAUAGGAAUGGCACGCUCAGCAGCGUGAGGUCCCCAUCUCCCUACACCUUAAGUGAGGAGCUGCAGGAACACGUUGAUUUUGUGGGGGGCCUUCACCGGUUCCCAGCCGAGAGGAAGGUGGUGAGUCGGGCCUGGGCCUCAGGGCGGAUGUGGCCACGGCGUGCCACGCGUUCCACUUUCCACUUGGGCGUGACUCCGGCUGUGAUCCGCCAGCGCUACAACCUGACCGACGGAGAUGUGGGCACCUUCCAGAACAGCAGCCAGGCCUGUGCACAGUUCCUGGAGCAGUACUUCCACCAGGCGGACCUGUCAGAAUUCAUGCAUCUGUUUGGGGGAGGCUUCCCGCACCGCUGCAGUGUCGACCGGGUCGUGGGCCGCCAGGGCCAGGGCAAGGCCGGCCUGGAGGCCAGCCUGGACGUGGAGUACCUGAUGAGCACGGGUGCCAACAUCUCCACCUGGGUUUUCAGCACUGCAGGGAGGCACGAGAGCCAGGAGCCAUUCCUGCAGUGGCUGCUGCUGCUGAGCAACAUGUCCGCCCUGCCCUGGGUGCAUUCCGUGAGUUACGGCGACGACGAGGACAGCCUGUCCCGAGCGUACCUGGAACGUGUGAACGUGGAGUUCAUGAAGGCGGCUGCCCGGGGCCUCAGCAUCCUGUUUGCCUCAGGUGACUUGGGGGCAGGGUGCCGGACUACCUCUGAAGGCAAGCACGUCUUCCGCCCCAGUUUUCCUGCCUCCAGCCCCUAUGUGACCACUGUGGGUGGGACAUCCUUCCGGGAUCCCUUCCUGGUGAGCGCUGAAGUCUCGGACUACAUCAGUGGUGGAGGGUUCAGCAAUGUUUUCCCCAUGCCCAGUUACCAGGCGGCUGCCGUGAAGCGGUACCUGAGCGUGGCCCCCCGGCUGCCGCCCUCCACGUACUACAACAGCACCGGCAGGGCGUACCCUGACCUGGCCGCGCUCUCGGACAACUACUGGGUGGUGACCAACCGCAUCCCGGUGCCCUGGGUCUCCGGCACCUCGGCCUCGACGCCCGUGGUGGCAGGCCUCAUAGCGCUGAUCAACGACCAGCGGCUCCGGCGCGGGCGCCCCCCCCUGGGCUUCCUCAACCCCGCUCUUUACCAGCUGCAGGGCCAGGGCAAUAGCACGGCCUUCUACGAUGUGACCCAAGGAUGCCACCUGUCCUGCCUGGAUGCCACCGUGGAGGGCCAGGGCUUCUGUGCCGCGCCUUCCUGGGACCCGGUCACCGGCUGGGGGACGCCCAACUUCCCGGAGCUGCUGCGUGCUAUGCUGGGCUAGUGGCCAGGAGGGGCCGAGCCCUUCUGUCGCGGCCCGUGCCUCUGGCCCCCGCCUUGGCCGCUGCAGGAGGGGCUUGCUUGUGGGGGGACGUGACCGAGGAGCGCAUGCUGCACCUCGUGGGUGGGAGCGCAGGGGCUGGCGGCUGUCUCUGGUGGGUGUCCAGGGCGAGCGAGGCCUCUCGCCGGUCGUGGCAGGCCCUCCAGCCUGCCUUCCAGCCAAGAGAGUGGCUGCUGGGCGCAUGACACUCACAGCUGCUUCCUCUGUGACAGGAGUGGUGGGAAGGGUCCCCGCGUGCCUACCUGCCCUGGAGCCACUAGCCUUCCCCGCAUCCCAGGAGCAGGCAGGCACCCCGCCUGUCUCGUGCCCGAGACCUUCCGGCAGGCGGGAGGGGCCCUGCGGCAGGCCGGCUGCUCGGCGUUCCCAGGAAACCCCCGCAGCACUCGGAGGCGGGUCCUCAGCAGCCGGUGGGCACUCCCCGUUCUCCGUGGGUGUGCAAGGGCAGAUCUAGCAGCCCCUCUGCCAGCCGGACUGGAUAGUCCGGCCAGUGGAGAGGCACAGGGGACCCUGGACUCACGCCUGAGCUGGUGCCUGAUGCGGCCUGUGCCCCCCCAGCGCCAGGGCGUGGGGAGGGCGGCUUCUGCCAACGCGCCGUUUGUGGAGGUGACAGGAACGCCCACCGUGGGCUGCUCUUGGCCUGCCCCACCAUCACCCGCUCUCCGCAGCCUGCCAGAGACAGCCAUGCCCGCGGCUCAGCUUCAAGGCUGUGCACGGACGCGGAUGUGCCCAAAGGAAGCCUUCCUUUCAGAUGUCGGGCUGUGACUUCUCAGGUUAUGCAGGAUAGGAGGGGAGAGGGUUGUGGGACAGAAAAGGCUGCGGGGGUGGCUUACCCCUCAGCAGGACUGCCCUGGGUGCUGAUGGCAGACCUCUGCCCCUUCAGCCUUUCCAGCUACUUGGCAGGCAGAAGUUCAACAGCGGCAGCCGGAGAGGGUGACAUCUGCCUACCAAGGGCCUUCUGAAUUUGGCGAGGCCUCUGCCAAGGCAAAGGCACUUUAGCGGCUCCGAGUCUGCGCCGAGAGUCAGUCUGCAUCUGGUUGCUCUAACUGAGAGCCAAGCCGUGGCUGCUUAGGGGAUCGGGACUUGGGGGAAUGUUGAAAUGCAAACGGGUUUUCAGGAAAAUGAAAAAAAGCAAUGUGUAUCCGCUGUAUGAUUGGAAAAGUCUGCUCUGCCUCUUUAAAUGCGGUGAAAAAACUCUCUUUGUCAGUAAAUCCUUCUGCGACGCAGCCUGCCGGGGUCCACCAAGCCAGGGGCGGGUGACAUGGCGGAGGCCAAACUCUGCAAGCAGCUCAGCUGCCUCGAGCACAGGGCAACCGGGAGCAGGCGGCACGCAGCUGCCAAGCGGGGCCAAGCACCCUCACUCCCAGUAUAAGCCAAUGGGACAAGCUGGCAGUGACUGGCUGGGAAAGGGAUGGGGGGCUGUGGCGGGUUUCGGCUGUGUGGCUGGAGUGAAACAGGCAAACGCCAUGUGGGCACCACUGGGAGAGCCAUCAAAACUGAAACGGCCAGGCUGCAGUCCCCUUCCCCCAGUGUGAGCGCUGUGCAUGGCCCUCCACCCAAGCCCUGCAUAGCUCCCAGUGGUGCAUGAAAGGGAGCGGUGCCCUUCAGAGUGGAUAAAAAUCAAUUAUAUUUGGAAAAUA